UUAUACGCUAUAUAAAAAAAACACAUUUUCAACAUGUUAGUAAGUGCAGUUUGAGCCUUGUGUUAAUAAUGUGUUAAUGAGAUUAAUAAUGUGAGCUCUGUGUUGUCUAAAUCAUCCACCAAAAGCUCUACAAUGUCUUGAAAAAAAGCAGUAACGUGAUCCAUAAUAUCACUUUGUGUGUAGUGUUUUAUUGUUUUCUGGAUAUGCAUUCAUAGAAGUGAAGACUUGAAAUCCAUAAUUUGUUUUGUUUUUUUAGAUUUCUUGGCCCAUUUAUAAUGCAAAAUGGAUGCAUCUUUAAAGUUAAAAUCAUGUGUAACACAGACUUGAAAUGCUUUUUUAUCAUAAAAUGAAUUCCUUGCCUGCUUAUUGUACAGUGACUGAUUAGAUUUUUCUUUUUCAAAGAACUGAUACAGAGUGAGAUGAAACAGAUGAUUUACUGUUGCUGUCACUUUUAUCACUGAGACAAAGUACGCAUGCCCUUGGCUUUCCUCCAGUACUCAUUUAAAUUUCAACCUUUGCACCUUGAAAAGUUUCAUGUUUUUUCCCAGCCCUCAGCAGCCACAGUCAUGCUUUCUCUGUCAUUACGGCAAAUAUUACGGCCCGUGCAGCCCCUCUUCCUUAGGGUGUUAGGAUGUUCGGGGCGAGAGGGACAGCUCACAGCGGAGUCGUGCAGACGGGGCCUCUGCAGCGCCGGUGAGUGGACGGGACAGGAGAGUCUGGCCCAGGACGACCCGGAGAUGUGGAAUCUCCUGCAGCAGGAGAAGGACAGGCAGUGCCGGGGACUGGAGCUCAUCGCAUCUGAGAACUUCUGCAGCCGUGCAGCGCUCGAGGCCCAGGGCUCCUGUCUGAACAACAAAUACUCUGAGGGAUACCCGGGACAAAGGUACUAUGGAGGUGCAGAGAUUGUAGACCAGAUUGAGCUGCUGUGUCAGAAGCGAGCACUCUCCGCCUUCGGUCUUGACCCAAAUCUGUGGGGCGUCAACGUCCAGCCGUACUCCGGAUCCCCUGCUAACUUUGCAGCCUACACAUCUGUUCUGCAGCCUCAUGACCGCAUCAUGGGCCUGGAUCUGCCCGAUGGAGGACACCUUACCCACGGCUACAUGACAGACACCAAGAGGAUCUCAGCCACCUCCAUCUACUUUGAAUCGAUGCCUUACAAGCUGAAUCCUCAAACAGGUCUGAUAGAUUAUGAGCAGCUGGAGAAGACGGCCCGACUUUUCAGACCCAGACUCAUCAUAGCAGGAACCAGCGCCUACGCUCGCCUCAUCGACUACCCUCGCAUGAAGAAGCUGUGUGAGGAGCUUAAUGCCUACCUGCUGGCAGACAUGGCUCAUAUCAGCGGCCUGGUGGCAGCAGGAGCUGUUCCUUCUCCUUUCGAUCACGCUGACCUUGUCACCUCUACGACCCAUAAGUCCCUGCGUGGAGCAAGGGCCGGUCUGAUCUUCUACAGGAAAGGUGUGCGUUCUGUGGAUAAGAAAGGUCGGGAGGUGACCUAUGACCUCCAGGACAAGGUGAACUUCGCAGUGUUCCCGUCACUUCAGGGAGGACCUCACAACCACGCCAUUGCAGGGGUGUCCGUCGCCCUCAGACAGGCUUCCACUCCCAUGUUCAAACAGUACAUCGCUCAAGUGCUGCUGAACGCCAAGUCCAUGGCUAAUGCUCUGCUGAAGAAAGGCUUCACCCUGGUGUCAGGUGGGACUGACAACCACCUGGUCUUAGUUGACCUGCGACCUCGCGGGAUGGACGGGGCUCGAGCUGAGAGGGUCCUGGAGCUUGUGUCCAUCACCGCCAACAAGAACACUUGCCCCGGAGACAAGAGUGCUCUCACUCCAGGAGGACUCCGUCUCGGAACUCCGGCUCUCACCUCCAGACAGUUCAAGGAAGCAGACUUUGAUAAGGUUGUGGAGCUUAUUGAUGAAGGGAUUCAGAUCGCUUUGGAUGUGAAGAAGAAGACUGGAAAUCUGGCCAGCUUUAAGUCCUUCCUACUGGAGGACAAAGAGACAGUGUCACGCAUCGCAGAGCUCCGCCAGCGGGUGGAGCUAUUCGCCAGGCCCUUCCCCAUGCCCGGAUUCACUGACCACUGAAACAUCACACAUAAACAGUUUCCUUCCACAUCUUCGACAUUUAUUUUAUUUCUCCUCUAAGAUUUUUUUUAUUCUUUAAUGGUAAUAAGCAUUGUUACAAAACUGUCAGCUUUAUGUCAGUUGAAAGUUGUGCUGCAUCAGUGGUCACAUUUGCAUAUCAACUAAUGACAUUAUAAUUGCAAAAUAAGGUGACAAAUGUAACCUGAUGUAUCAAAGUCUGAUUAAUAAAAAAACAUACAAUACAAUAUUCCUGAUGAUACAGAUCUACUGUAUAUUGAAAGUGUUUAUUAAUGUUUUUGCCAGCAACUCUAACUCCUCCUGGCAUCCAUAAAUGGAGGCUCGUGUUUAAACAUUUAAUAAAUGACUAUAUAGUAGAACAGAACUGUAGCAACAUUAAAUAUGUCUUCAUAAAAGAAGUUAGAGUUGUUGACAAAUACUGAGAUUUAAAGUAAAGUGUCUCCCUAAAUGUAAUUAUGCAAGUAUCAAUGAAUUAGCUAUCCAUUUAGUGAAGAAUUUAUCAAACUUUUUACAGAGAAUUUUACAGUUAACAUUCUUAUAAGCUUCUUUGAAAAAUUAUGAUUGAACCUACUAGAUUUGUUAUAUUUGUUUAUGAUGAGUUUGAUAAUGAUGAUGCUUUCCUUUAAGAUUGUUUUCACUCUCCUACAUUUUCCACGUCUCAGACUGUGCUUUGCUGCCCUAAGCCGAGAAGGACCUUAAGUGUUUUUGGUAUUUGGCUUUUUGUCGCUAAGCUUUUUUAAGAGCCCUUAUCAAGUCAGGCUUUGUCCCAGGCUGGGAAACCACAGCAGCUAUGUUGGGAAUUGAACACAUGCUCAGUUUACACCCACAGAACCACAAACCAAGAGGAGAAACAGUUAAACAGUGGAAACUAUGUUUUCAAUCGUUUAAAAAAAACAGCACAACUAAUAUCACCUUCUAUACACGAUCGCCCAUAAAGUUGGAAUAACUUUGAUUUUAGACACAGUCCUCUGUUAGUUGUGGUUUCCUUUUUAUUGUGAUAUGUUUGGAAUAGAUUGAGAAGAAAUUUGGAAAAGAUAUACACUUUAUCUGCUGAGAAUAAAUUACAUUGUCAUAAUCAUUUCAUGGAAAGAGGUAAAAAAUAUUAUGGGCGAUUGUGUACAUUCACUUUAAUUUAUAUUGUAAAGGAUUUGUGAUGAAUGUACAAUGUAUAUACAGUAGAUCAUUGCAAUAAAAACUCAAUGUUUUCACGUUUGUUGAACA